GCCGCGGCUCUGACAUCCACAUGCUGCUCGGCCUGAAAAGGCUGGGGGGAGCCGGAGGGGAAGCAGAGAAGGCGAGCGAGGCACCAGCCCGCAGCCCGCCCCCGGCACCUCCUCAGACGCGCAGACCUCGGCGAGGCGCGGGGCGAGGUGGAGGUGAGGGCGGGCGCGAGCGAACUCGGAGAGGGGCUCGCUCGCUCCCAGGCAAUCCCAGCCGCCGCCGCCGCCCCGCCAGCAGCAGCCGCCGCAGCAACAGCCGCCGCCGCCGCCGCUUCUUUCCCCUGACUCCCCUCGUCAGGCUGGCCGAGCGGGGGUAGUCGUUGGGGAGGCUCCCGCUAGGGGAACCCGGCGAGGGCAGGAGCUGGGCGGCCGCCUCGCACUCCGGCCGUCCGGCGGCGUUGGGUGCCUCCGCCCGCGUGUCGGUCCCGGGUGCCGGGGGAUGUGUGUCCGUUUACGCCUCUGAGAUCACACAGCUGCCUGGGGACGUGUGAUGCCCAAGGCAAGUCUGGGCUUUUCUUUUUAUUAUUCUUAUUAUUUUUUACGCUUGGCUUUCGGGAAAUCUUCGUGAUGUUGUAGGAUAAAGGAAAUGAUACUUUGAGGAACUGGAGAGGACACAGAAGCGUUUUGUUUUUUAAGAGAGGAAACCCGUCCCCUCUUCCCAGCUUGCUCCCGCUUUGCUGAUUUCAGGAGCCACCCUCCUCUUAGUGAGGUGCGAAUCCAGCAGGAAUAAAGGUGAAGACGGGCCGCCAGGACCCAGGAGGGAAACACUGACCAUUAGAAACCUUUGCAGAAGACACUGUAAGGAAGAACGCAAGGGAGAGAAACACAAAGACUUAAAAUUAUACAAGAAAUCUACAAACCCAGUUCUGGAGAAAGCCUCCUUCUCCAAAAUGGAUAUGUUUCUUCUCACCUGGGUUUUCUUAGCUCUCUACUUUUCAGGACACGAAGUGAGAGGCCAACCAGACUCACCCUGUGGAGGUCGUUUGAAUUCCAAAGAUGCUGGCUAUAUCACCUCCCCAGGUUACCCCCAGGAUUACCCAUCCCACCAGAACUGCGAGUGGAUUGUUUAUGCCCCUGAACCCAACCAGAAGAUUGUCCUCAACUUCAACCCUCACUUCGAAAUCGAGAAGCACGACUGCAAGUAUGACUUCAUCGAGAUUCGGGAUGGGGACAGUGAAUCCGCAGACCUCCUGGGAAAGCACUGUGGGAACAUCGCCCCACCCACCAUCAUCUCCUCGGGCUCCGUGCUCUACAUCAAGUUCACCUCCGACUACGCCCGGCAGGGGGCAGGCUUCUCCCUGCGCUAUGAGAUCUUCAAGACAGGCUCCGAAGAUUGUUCCAAAAACUUCACAAGCCCCAAUGGGACCAUUGAGUCCCCUGGAUUUCCCGAGAAGUACCCACACAACUUGGACUGCACCUUUACCAUCCUGGCCAAACCCAAGAUGGAGAUCAUCCUGCAGUUCCUGACCUUUGACCUGGAGCACGACCCUUUGCAGGUGGGAGAAGGAGACUGCAAAUACGAUUGGCUGGACAUCUGGGACGGCAUUCCGCAUGUUGGCCCUCUCAUUGGCAAGUACUGUGGGACCAAAACACCCUCUGAACUCCGCUCGUCGACAGGGAUCCUCUCCCUGACCUUUCACACGGACAUGGCGGUGGCCAAGGAUGGCUUCUCUGCACGCUACUACCUGGUUCACCAAGAGCCACCAGAGAACUUCCAGUGCAAUGUGCCUCUGGGAAUGGAAUCUGGCCGGAUUGCUAAUGAACAGAUUAGUGCCUCAUCUACCUACUCUGAUGAAAGGUGGACACCUCAACAAAGCCGGCUGCAUGGCGAUGACAAUGGCUGGACCCCCAACUUGGAUUCCAGCAAGGAGUACCUCCAGGUGGACCUGCGCUUUCUAACCAUGCUCACGGCCAUUGCAACACAGGGAGCGAUUUCCAGGGAAACGCAGAAUGGCUACUAUGUCAAAUCCUACAAGCUGGAGGUCAGCACUAACGGGGAAGACUGGAUGGUCUACCGGCAUGGCAAAAACCACAAGGUCUUCCAAGCCAACAACGACGCAACGGAGGUGGUUCUCAACAAGCUGCACACGCCCCUGCUGACCAGGUUCGUCAGGAUCCGGCCCCAGACCUGGCACUCGGGCAUUGCCCUGCGGCUGGAGCUCUUCGGCUGCCGGGUCACAGAUGCCCCCUGCUCCAACAUGCUGGGGAUGCUCUCGGGCCUCAUCCCUGAUUCUCAGAUCUCGGCCUCCUCCACUCGGGAGUACCUGUGGAGCCCCAGCGCCGCCCGCCUGGUCAGCAGCCGCUCGGGCUGGUUUCCCCGGAUCCCUCAGGCCCAGCCGGGCGAGGAGUGGCUUCAGGUGGACCUGGGAGUGCCCAAGACGGUGAAGGGCAUCAUCAUCCAGGGGGCCCGCGGGGGAGAUAGCAUCACUGCUGUGGAAGCCAGGGCGUUUGUGCGCAAGUUCAAAGUCUCCUAUAGCCUAAAUGGCAGAGACUGGGAACACAUCCAGGACCCCAGGACCCAGCAGCCGAAGCUGUUUGAAGGGAACAUGCACUAUGACACCCCUGACAUCCGAAGAUUCGACCCCGUUCCGGCACAGUACGUGCGGGUGUACCCCGAGAGGUGGUCUCCAGCAGGGAUUGGGAUGCGGCUGGAGGUGCUGGGCUGUGACUGGACAGACUCGAAGCCCACAGUAGAGACACUGGGACCCACGGUGAAGAGUGAAGAGACCACCACCCCAUAUCCCAUUGAUGAGGAGGCCACGGAGUGUGGGGAGAACUGCAACUUUGAGGAUGACAAAGAUCUGCAGCUCCCUUCAGGAUUCAACUGCAACUUUGACUUCGCCGAGGAGCCCUGUGGUUGGAUGUACGACCAUGCCAAGUGGCUCAGGAGCACCUGGACCGGCGGCUCCAGCCCAAACGACCGGACAUUUCCAGAUGACAGGAAUUUCUUGCGGCUGCAGAGCGAUGGGCGGAGAGAGGGCCAGUAUGCCCGGCUCAUCAGCCCUCCCGUGCACCUGCCCCGAAGCCCCGUGUGCAUGGAGUUCCAGUACCAGGCCACAGGCGGCCGCGGGGUGGCGCUGCAGGUGGUGCGCGAGGCCAGCCAGGAGAGCAAGCUCCUCUGGGUCAUCCGCGAGGACCAGGGCAAUGAGUGGAAACACGGGCGGAUCAUCUUGCCCAGCUAUGACACGGAGUAUCAGAUUGUGUUUGAGGGAGUCAUAGGAAAAGGACAUUCAGGAGAAAUUGCCAUUGACGACAUUCGGAUAAGCACUGAUGUCCCACUGGAGAACUGUAUGGAACCCAUCUCGGCUUUUGCAGGUGAGAAUUUUAAAGGGGGCACCCUCCUACCAGGGACCGAGCCCACAGUGGACACGGUGCCCGCGCAGCCCAUCCCAGCCUACUGGUAUUACGUAAUGGCCGCCGGGGGCGCCGUGCUGGUGCUGGUCUCCGUCGCCCUGGCCCUGGUGCUCCACAACCAUCGGUUCCGCUAUGCGGCCAAGAAGACCGAUCACUCCAUCACCUACAAAACCUCCCACUACACCAACGGGGCCCCUCUGGCGGUGGAGCCCACCCUAACCAUUAAACUAGAGCAAGACCGCGGCUCGCACUGCUGAGGGCCGAAGCAAAGGACAGCACCCAAAACAAACGAGAAAGACUGCAAACACGUUGCCUCGAUUUUGCACUUUUUUCUCCUCGCCUAGUCUCUGUGUGAACUCUCAGACAUCUCUCUCUCUCUCUCUCUCUCUCUCUCUCGGCCCAAACCCUGUGUGCUUUUAUUCAUCCUGACCAUUGUCCUUGGGUCCUUUUUUUCCCCCCCUUUUGUUGAUUCCAAACCAACCACCCCCAACUCUAAUGCUGCAUCUUGGACUAUGAGAAGAGAUACACCCCUCAGCACUUCGCAACUGAAGGCUCAGCUGGUUUUCUUUCAGAGACUGGUUCCCUGUUUCUUCCCCUUGCCUUAUCCCCUACCUCCUCUCGGUGGGCAGUCUGCCAGGAGACUCGAGAGGAAACCUGACUCUGUGUGUUUGUACAUAGUAUACAUUUGUGUGUGAAUAGCUCUGUGUGUGUGGGGGGGGGUGUGGGUGUGAGAGAGAGACUGACUCAUUGUGGGGAGUAGUGUGUGUGGGUGUGUUCAGAGAGGACCCCCUUUAAUUCUUGUGUUACUUCUCCGGGGGUACAUGUUACAAGAAAAUAAUAUACUGUACUAGUUUUGUUUACUUGGAGAAGAGAUUGAAGCUUUUUGUUGCCUUAUCUAGCCCUGGCUGGGUUUCUGUUGGCUACCAUUAUCAUCUCCAGGUACCUAAAAAUCUAGAGGCCACAUGAGAUGAAAUGUGGCCCCUCCCCUCCCUGUCCCAUUCCCAACCCAUCUGACCCAAGAGGAAAGUCCCCCCAACGCACUCAGACAUGACCCGUUGUCAUGUCUCCUGGAGUCUUUGAAGUAGCAAGAUGGCAGGCCUUCGGGUGUGUGCAGAACCAUCUCGACUUCCAGCCCUGAAGCAAAUCUGUCUCAUGUUGCCUUAUAAAAGAGAAGCUCAUAAUGAAUGUUUAGCUUUUAUCAGUUAAGUCCAAUCUUGGAAUAAGUCAUAAAGAAUAACAAAUCUGAGACUGGCGUAGGAAAAGCAGUAGCCUGUUUUAAGUUGGGAGCAGGAGGUGGAGGAGAGAAGGGAGGAGAAGGAAGGACUGAAGUGUGGUCUUUUAAAAGUCUCCUUACUCGGGGGGGUUGGGGGGCUUAUUGUGCCCGAUUUGGGAUGGCAUUGAGGAAGAAGGUUAAAAAUCAUAUUCUUUGGUAUUCUAUUGGUCACUGUAAUAGCAUUUGUAAAAUAUGGGGGAAAGGGAUCAUUUGCUUUCCUUUCGUGGUGUUAAUGUGUGCCUGAAUCUAUAGCCACUAAAACAUAAGACUGUCCACCUGACUUAUUUAAAUAUUAUGAGAAUAUAAAAAAGUAAUCAUUUUUUUUUCACGCGUCAGUAUGCUACCCCUUAAAGCAUUCGUAGCAUCUGGCAAAUACACCCUCAUAGGCUGGCCUGGCAUUUCCAGAUGUUGCUGCAUCAGGAGAGGAUAUAAUGAAAAUAAAUCUGUUGCUGCCCAUGUGUCUUCUCUAAGCAACGCAGGGAGAGGGAUGUUGGAGAUAAAUUGCCUAAUGAUAUUGCACAAAGGAUAGAUUCAAUAAUGAAGUCAAUUUCAUUGAUAGGAAAUGUGUAUUUUAAUGAGAUGCUCAGCGAACUGGGGCUCAGCCUUGGGGGUGUUGAUUUCUCACCCUCCUGCUCGGAAUCCACCGGGGAAGGAUAAGAUUCUCUCCAAAGAUGGUUGCCUGGGCUGAGAGCCUCCAGGUACCUUCUGAGAACAAAAUAUUAAUUUUUUUUGACUGCUUGGGAGAGAGAGACUUUUAGCAUUCUUUCAGAAUAUACUGGUAGAUCCCUCCAGCACACACUCACUUUCACAUCUGGCUUUUUUCAUCCUUCUGAAAGAAAGGUGCUCUCCCACUCUUAUUCUAUUUCAAAGAGCUACUCUGUCUCAACCACAGCAGUGCUGCCAAGAAAAGAAAAGAUGAAAGGCCAGAGCAUGAGCUACCUUGAGAUUUCAAGUGUCCUACCCCAGCCGAAGAUGGAAAAAGAAGCCAGGAGAGGGGGAGGGGCAAGGGCCCAGCAUACCGUGUGAUGAAUUCCAUGCCAGUCACUAAGGGCUUUUUAUCUCAGGUGUCCACAUCCAGUUGUGCAUUUGGGGCCAGGCGUUCCCUCGAAAUGAUUGACAUCCCUGUAGGCACCCUGUGGAGGGGCAUGGUGUCAGGAAAUUACACCUGGAAAAUCCAGCCAGUGUAGCAACUGUCUGAGUUACUAUAUACCCUUGAGGAUUUCCCUUCUUUAAAAGAAGAUGACAACAACUUUGUGCAUUUGCUGUGUCUUUAUCUGAUGCCCCAUGUGGCAUCAUCUUUAUGUACAUGCCAUAGUUGAAAAUAUGGGACUGCUCAAAUCUUUGUGAAUCCCAUGAUGCAGUUCAGCUGGGGAUGUCACAUCUCCUCUCUCUCUCUCCCUCUCUCUCUCUCUGUGGCCCAGCAACUUUCAUAGUAUUAUCCAGGUACUAUGCUCAAAGGGCAGCUCUUCUAUAAAAUCAUGCUUCGCAGCUUUAGAAAGCAAAAUUCUGUAUUUCAUAGAGGGCGGGGAAGGAUCACUCUCUUCUAAGAAAAAUAGACUGGACAGGUGAAUGCAUGCAUGCAUGUGUUUAGAGUUGCUUCUCAGAAGACAAAGAGGUGAUAGCAACUAUUAAAAUAUAAAUGAAUGAAUGAAUGAAUUGAAGUUCUAACUUGGGCUGGUAAUGUUUUUGCCUUAGUAGAGGUUCCAUCUCAACAGCUCCAGGAGGGAAACCCUUAUCUCUGGGGUAAAAAAAAAAAAAUCCCUUCCUUGAUAUUAUGCUAACAACUGCUAUCCCCCUAAUUGCUGGUGAAGGCAGAAAAAAGAAAAAAAAAAAUCAUAGCAUUGUCGUUGACAAAACAGGACACUGAAAAUAAAGUGAAAUUGUCUUUUCCCUUAUCCCACAUUUUUGGGAUUAAAGCCAGAAUAGGAUAGGAAAUCCAGUAAUAUUUCCAACAUUGAUACCCCAUCUUUAAAAAGACCCUGUCUUUCAAAUGAAACUAGCAGGCAAGCAAACACCUAAGUAAUCGAAAAUUACCAAAGAACAACAACAAAACAAGAAAACUUAAAGAUUUUUACUUUCUAUUCUUAUUCCCUCUUCCUAUAACUGUGACAUCUCUUGCAUUGCUCAGUUGCCUGUGUGUCAAAAUAACUUGUGGACAUUGGAAACUAUUUGAAAAUGUAUUGUGUGGAAUGUAAUAAAAUGAUGAUAUUUUUAUACAAACAUCUGGGCUUUUUUUUCCACUUUUGCCUCUGAGAACAAAGUUGAAAUGUAGGCUUUGAACAAAUUGAUGUUUCCAAAGUUUGCAUAUCGCCUUCUGAGCUGCAGGGCUUUGCUGUGGGAGGUAGGUGGGUUUUUCUCCUUGAGGCUGAAUGCCAGCUUUUUCUUCUUUUAUUUUUAUUACUGCUUGUUAGGAGUUUUAUUCAAUUUGAGCAGCUGAGCCAACUUUUAUGAUUGGUGUGGGAUUUUGCAAAAGUUGCUAAGUGCUAAAUUGCUCAGUGUGAUUCCACAAAAUUUCUCUUGACGGCAAAUCCCUGGAGAUUGGACUCUCCUGUCAAGGGGCCCCAGGGGGAAUGGGACCAGUGGAGCUGAAUCAUGUUCUCGGCCCUAUGGAGACAGAUAGCUUCCCCUGGAGAGGUAGCAGUGACAUCAUACCCCUCGCCUACCAAAUUAUUUCUUCCGUGGGGACAUUGAUCUCCAGUUUAUGGAGAUCUCCAGACAAAAUGGGAACUUACCGCAUGUUCAAGGCUCCAAGAUAUUCCAGACUUCAUUUUGGAGCAAGUAAUGAAGAUAAUUAUAUGAUGACUAUGAACCUGGAACCAUCAGGCUGGAACAGUUUGUAAGAGGAACUUUCUAUAAAAACUUCGAGAGGGGCUUGGGGAAACUUAUGCAGAAAGCCAGAUUGUGUUGACAUGUAUUUUUCUUCGCUUCUCCUUUCUGAGUAGUUAGUGAUUAGUUAUAUAAAAUAUUUCUAUCAGUGGGGGGCUGGGGGGAAAAUGUAGGAAAUACCACCUCCUGGCUGUUUAAUGCUUCUAAAUGGUGGUCAAGAAGAAGUCGUAGAAGGAUUUUCCACCGCCGCCGACUCAUGGGGUGUAUUAAGAGCAUUCCAUCAACCCAGGAGCCUUCCUCAGGGGUCGAAGAACCAUCCUUAAAGGUCCUAAGGAAAGGGACAUGUCCAGAAGACCCUCUUUCCGGCAGAGUCCUGCUUUUUCCCCUCAAAACCUAGAUUCAGGAAGGAGUAUUUUUUUUUUUUUUUUACAUCUGUAAACCUGUCCAAGUGGUGCUGAAAGGAAGCAGGCUUUUGGUUUUCAGAUCUUACAGGAAACUCUGUUCGUACAGAUGGCUCAGUAUAAAUGUUGCGAUCUGUCCUCUGCAGGAGAAUAGAGUAGAAUGCCCAAGCGUUGUUUGUUACUCUAAUGACAAAGCAUAAUUACCCUUUUUGUCUAAAUAACCCUUGGCUUUCCUUAAAGCCAUUUCUUCCCAUUAGUAAAGGAGAAACGGAAAGCAUCUCAAAAGUACUUAUGUCAGGCAAAGACCCAGGCUCAGUCAACAUUUUCCUGAGCUCCAGGACCAAAUUUGCCAGACUAAAUUAAACUAGCCAUCCCUUACGCUUCAUUAGCAUUACCAUUUUUGGAAUCACCUUUGAGCAUUUCAUCGUUGCUCUUCCUGCUUUGGGUCUAGUCCCAAGGCUUAUUCUAGAAGUAUUCUGUCUUCCCCAAAAGGGCAGAAGACUGUUAGGACUCGAAUCUUAGGCGUCGAACACAGCCCUGUUACCAGUGUGGCCUUUCAGACCGAGCUCAAGCAUAAAUGUUACAGACAUUGUGUUUCCAUGGAUCAUAAGUACCAGAUGUCGAGGCCCAGUAUGUCUUUUUCUGGCUCCUGCCUGGCCCUUUACGACGGCUUAAGUGUGUGUUCUCACUGUUGAAGCAAGACACUCCCGCCCCACCCCCAGCCCAGAUCACCCAAGCCCGGCCAGUCUGCGGCAGCAUUGCGUUCAUUUUCCUCAACCCUGUUCACUGACUUUGCGAUUGCUUUGCACAAACACUGUGGCCUUUCCGUAAUCUUUGAUGAAAAGAGCUUCAUUUUUAAGUUUUGAUUUGUCUGCGUCGUGGGCUACCCAUCUGAGCCAAACUGCGGAUCUGUAGGUGCGGCUUAUUUUCUCUCUUUAAUUGUGCACAUCGCUGGGGUCCUCACAGCUGUAAUUUGCCUUUCAUCCACUUCAAUGAUGGCCCAAAGAAAACACAAAACAAAUCCAGCCAGAGCAGAAGGAGGGGAGAGGGGGAUGCCAGCUGAUGGUCUUACAAUCGGCAGGGAAAAGAAUCGCCUUACAUAAAUAAAUUAAAAGCUAAGAAUAGUGUAGGAUUUAAUUAAGCCUGACAUAGAUCAGUUGCACUGAAGUAUGUCUAGAGGUGAGAUCUAAUCAGAAACCCGCACCCUUAAAAGGUGUCAGGCCACAUGCCUCAGCUAGAGUACGCUUGUGCUAUGUGGGGGAGUUCCGUUUGGCCCCAGACCUAAGCACUGAAGAGAUAUGAAAUUUCCAAAAAACAAAACCCCUUUUAGCAGAGUAUGGCACCGUGGAGAAUCUAGGCGCUUCCAGGCAACCAGCAGAAACCAUUCUUGCCCCUAGCCCAGUGGGCAGAAGACCCAGAAUCAUUCUACUCUCUUCUGGGUAAAGUGAUUGUUCUUGGGCUUUGCUGUCACUGACCUCCAAGAGCCAAAAAAACCUAAAGGCCCGUGGGCAUUGGACCAAGAAAUAGGAGAGGCUGUUUGAAAAAUCAGCAAUGGACAUUCUAGUAGCAGUCUGAGUGUCGAGUAGGGAAACAUCUUGUUUUGGAGGCUUACGACCAGAGUGGUUAUUGAUCCUGAAAGAAGUUGCUGGGGAAAUUUUAGGAUAAUAACUGCCUGGAUUUCUCACUCUCUCUUUAACUUACAAGUUAUACACAACUACAUCCUGGAAACAUGCAAGUAACACAGAAGAAGCAGAAGUCCAUUUCAUUGCUAACCAGUCUCACUCUCUUCUCCAAAGAGAGUAAUCACGAGAAACAGUUUGAGGUAUCUCUUUCCAGGCUUUGAUUUAUACCAUGACAAACAUGUAUGUUUGUGUCCAGUUAGUGUGGUUUGGUUGGAUCGUGGUUUGGUUUUAUUCUGCAUAAAUGAUUUCACAGCAUUUCCUCCUUUGUUGGACAACCUUCUUCCCUUUCCUUUAACAAAAUCUUGACAAUACUUCAGUCCACACCUCCAGACUUACCCCAUCCUUCUUAGCUCUUGCAUAGCAUCCCAUAUUGUGUCGACGUACCGUAUUUUAUUAACUGCUCCCCUACUUGUGGGCAUUUGGGUUGUGUCUAGUUCCCUUUUUUCCCUAUGAUAAACAAUACCAUGAUGAACAUCUUUGAGGUUGCCUCUUUGUGCACGUUUCUCUCCGACAGAAUUUCUGGGUCAAACGGUGUGCCUAGUUUCACUUUAAGGGAUGCUGCAAAUGGCUGAGGCUUACCUUUUACAGUGCGUCUGUCCCAUAUGCAGGAUAGUGGAUCUCUAGUGGACAUCCUGGGUUCUGUCCCCUGCCCCGUCUGCACAGGCCAUGUAAUCUCUGUGACUAUCUCUCUUCCCUAAAGUGGGUGGAGUGCUUGCCAGAGGAGACUUUAGAUAGUUUUAACUGCAGGGAAUUGUAGUUGUGGGGACUUUUUCAAAAACUGUCCAUUGGUGGAGGAUGUGGGCCUGGCGGUAUGUGGCAGCUCACUGGAGCUGUGGCCGCCGUGGCACAGGAGUUAACUCCAUGCCUGGCUUCUGUAGGCAGAGCCCUAUUCUCCAUGAUUAAUGAGUUCCACUUGGUUUCUUCAAAGAGGGAUUGUGCUGUGCCUUGCUCUUAUUUAUUUAUGUUUUCUACUAAAAAAUUCAUGUAAAAAACAUCCUUUAAGGUCAGUGCACAGUAUUGUGCUGCAGACUAAAAUAUUCCAGCAGCCACAAGCAGGCCCACGAGCCGACAGAAAGUCUCCAAUCCUUGUGGCCUUAGGACCGAGGCCCCCACACUGGGCCUGAGCGGAGCAGGCUCUCCGGGCCAAAAGGUGGCGUCCAGCUUUCUUCCGAGGAGGUUCGGGGCUGAUGUGACCCAAGGAAAGUCAUCAGGGGGGGUGAGGUGGCUUUCUAGUGGGAGGUUUAUAUGUGCAGGCCAAGCUGCUGGCCCCAAAUGGCUCCAGCAAGGAAUGGCAAGUAGAAGAGAAGCCAAGGGGCCUGUUUGUUCAAAACAGUUUCUUCCAAGAGCACCACCCUGAUUUCUACUAUGCGCUAAGACAAAGGGUUUAAAUAAUAGGACUUUGACUCUGAGCAUAAUGGACAGUGUCUACUGUCAUAUAUGGGUUUUAUGGGCUUUUUUCUCUGACCUGCCAAAAAAUCCAGGACUUCUGCCUCUUGGGCAUGGGGUUCAAGUAGAUAACUCGGGGUGGCUCAGGAGAGAGAGCAGCAUGAGCGUGAGGUAUGGAUGAGCUAGAGAUAUGUUACUGCAAACACGCACACACACACACACACGCCUUGUUUUGUCUUCUAAUUGUGCAAAAUUGAACUCUUUAAAGAUCAUUAACCAACAUACCCCCUAAGCAAGGGCUCCGAGCCAGAACUGGAAUGAUAGUAUACCAUGUCUUGGCUGUCAGCAAUCACGCUUUCUUUGUCAGGUAGCGGGACUCAUUAACACGACGCCUGGACUGGAGUCCUCUGACUUGCUAGAGAGCAGCCGGCUCCAGUGAUGAUGGGAGUGCAGAGAAAGCUUUGAGCCAGAGGGGGCCUUGACCAACGUCCUAUUCUCAGCCAGCCCGCCAGUUAUUGAGGCUGCAUUUCAGCAGACUGUUAAAGAACCAUUUUGUCCCUUUGUGUUUCCUAACUGCCACCCAGGGGCUGGGAGAGGGGGUAUGAGGACCUCAGGGGCCCGUGUGGACUCCCCAUUGCUCCGCGUGGGCAGUUCUGACAGCAAGCACUGAGAUGCGGAGAGCAGCAUUAGGACCUAGACAGGGGCUGACGUGGGUUGUAAAAGCAGCCCCCCGACCAGGGAACCUCAUCAGCCUCGGCCAACUGUAGACCAAGCGGGUAAGCUCAGGAAUAGUGUUCAUGGGAAGUCCAGGCCCACCACACUGUCAUGGCUGUCUGGCUUUGCAACUCCUCAUAGGGCCACCAUCCCCUCCUCUUUCCCCGAGCAGGACCUGUCUCCGCCCGUCUGCCUUUGUGCCAGAUGUUGCUCGUCUUCAACCUCCAGACUCCCCUUUCUGCAUCAUCCCCCUCUCCUGGGGCCCCCCCUCCUCCUCUCCUCUGUCAUUGUCACACCAUCACCAAACCCUUUCCCAGAAAAGUGUGGGGCAGAUUCCCUCAAAGCUCAGUUGGUUACUUUCCUCCAAGGAGUUGCAUUCUUACUGGAGACUAAAUUAUUCUCUUAUGUGAUAAUUACAGUCCUUGGUCACCAGCAGGCUUCUGGGGGAAAUCACCUCCUGAAUGGGUAGAGAGAGGCACCUUUAUGGAGCCCUUAACAUCUCACAGAGUUGUCGAUUCUUAUGUUCUGAAGAAGAGCCUAGCUUUUAAGUAUAACAAACUCCCUUGGUGAGAUGCAUAGGGUGUUUUCUUCAGGGACUUAUGAAAUAUGAGGGGAAGCUUUAAGAAGGCAUCUUAGGUCACAUGGGGAGUGAACGCAGUUUUGUUUCUUCAGCUCCAUCCUUUUGCUCACCCAGGUCAUAGGGAACUAUGCCACCUGAGUGCUGUUCCCGGUAUGCACCUUUCCUGAGCAUCAGGAUUGGAGGAGAGGAGAAAUGUCAAAGCCCACCGGGGGAGCUCUCUGAAAUGUGAAAAUGUAAGACUUUUA